AUGCUGCUGCCAGAUGAGGACAGCCUGUCUGGGGACGCCAGCGACCUCAAGAUGUCCAGCUCCCAGAUCAAGAGGAAGAAACGCCGGCACAGGACGGUGUUCACAGCUCACCAGCUGGAGGAGCUGGAGAAGGCUUUCAACGAAGCGCACUACCCCGACGUCUAUGCCCGGGAGAUGCUGGCCGUGAAGACGGAGCUGCCGGAGGACAGGAUACAGGUUUGGUUUCAGAACCGAAGAGCCAAGUGGCGGAAGCGGGAGAAGUGCUGGGGCCGGAGCAGCGUGAUGGCCGAGUACGGCCUCUACGGGGCCAUGGUGAGGCAUUCCAUCCCUCUGCCCGAGUCCAUCAUCAACUCUGCCAAGAGCGGGCUCGUGGGAUCCUGCGCCCCGUGGCUGCUGGGUAUGCACAAAAAGUCCAUGGAGGUGAGCAGGAAGGCAGAGAGCCAAGAGAAGCUGGCAGAUGGCUGGCGGAUGGAGCAGGAGGAGGAGGAACUCAAAGGGAAGCAGGCCAGUUCCCAGAAGGGAUCCGACAAGCUCGGACCCGCGAAAGACUCAGAGGACACAGCCAUCGACCUCUCCAGGACAGCCAAGCACGAGAAGAGGGGUGUGCUGAGGCAGUACAUCAACGGGGACACCCCCACAGAGCAGAACGACAGGGACCACUGAGCUUGGGCUGCCCUGGAGGAGGCCAGACCUCGCGGCGUCCUGGCGAAAUCAUAAUAUUUAUUGAUUUAUUGAUAUAUCUAUUUUUUUUCUUAAAUAACGGGACUUUUAUCUGAAUUCAGGGCAUUUUAAAACUGGGCACACACAUCCCCCUGUCCCUUUCAAGCUGUUCAUUUCUCAGCAGAGCCAGGGUGGAGGGUGGCAGGGGAGCCCCAGUCAGGGGCAGUGCGAGGAUGGGAGCGCGUUGUGGUCAGCACCGGCUGCUGCAGGGGAGGAGCCCCUUUCCCCUCCGUGCUGGGCUCGCUUCCCCAGGCAGCCAGGAGCACAGAGAGGAGUGACACGAUGGGAGUUGCUCCUUCCUCUGACACAAGGACAGUGCAGGAGUUUACAGACGCCUUCUCUGAGCGCUUC